AUGGAAAUAGUUGGUGAUUGCAUAAAAAGGUCAACAUUUCGUUCUCGUUCUUUCUGCAAGACCCUCUCUCUCCCUCCUUCAGGAUCCAUGUCACUUCUCUUCAAGAACCAUUACUUCCUGAGCAUCCUCAUCCUUUUGUGUUUAUACACAUCGUAUAUACGUGCCCUGAAAGCCCCGUUUCAUCCACAGGACGUACUGCCACUGUUGCCCAGACAAGUCUCAUGGCCAGUUCUCAACUCUCUCCGCAGUGCAGUCGAUCUUUUGCCUACUUUUGUAGGGGCUGCUUCGUCUUCCAACAAAACAGGGGAGUGGAAAGGGGCUUGCUUUUACAAGAACACGGCUUGGAUGGAGUUUAACCACAAAAAUGGCAGUGAAUUUGGUGGAGGAACUCUUCAUAUUAAGGUUAGUGAUGCGCAUAGUUGGACAUGCAUGGAUCUUUACGUCUUUGCAACACCAUAUCGCGUGACAUGGGAUUACUACUUUUUAUCUCGUGAACAUACCCUGGAGUUCAAAGAAUGGGAAUCAAAAGCUGAAUUUGAAUAUGUGAAACACAAGGGGGUUUCCAUUUUUCUCAUGGAAGCGGGCAUGCUGGGAACCCUUGAGGCGCUAUGGGAUGUCUUUCCCUUGUUCACAAACACGGGAUGGGGUGAGAACUCAAACAUUGGAUUUCUUAAGAAGCAUAUGGAGGCUUCCUUUGAACAACGUCCUCAGCCAUGGGUUACAAACAUUAGUGUUGACGACAUACACUCUGGAGAUUUCCUAGCGAUAUCGAAAAUUCGGGGCCGAUGGGGUGGUUUUGAGACCCUUGAGAAGUGGGUAACUGGAUCUUAUGCUGGUCAUACUGCUGUUUGCUUAAGGGAUUCUGAAGGAAAGCUGUGGGUUGGGGAAUCGGGACAUGAAGAUAAUGAGGGAGAAGAUAUUAUUGACAUCUUACCCUGGGAUGAAUGGUGGGACUUCGAGUUGACCAAAGAUGAUUCCAAUCCACAUAUCGCGUUGCUUCCUUUGCGUGCUGACCUCAGGGCCAAGUUUAAUAAGACUGCUGCAUGGGAGUACGCACGAAGCAUGGUUGGCAAGCCAUAUGGUUAUCAUAACCUAAUAUUUAGCUGGAUAGACACCAUUGACAGAAAUUAUCCACCACCUUUGGAUGCUAACCUGGUAGCUUCUGUUAUGACUGUUUGGAAUCAAAUACAGCCUCAAUAUGCUGCUAACAUGUGGAAUGAAGCCUUGAACAAGCGACUUGGAACUCAGGGUCUCUCUCUUCCUGAAGUUCUUGUGGAAGUUGGAAAGCAGGGGUCCUCCUUUGAUAAAUUGCUAAUGAUUCCUGAGCAGGACGAUUGGAUAUAUAGUGAUGGGAAGUCAACGUCCUGUGUUGCUUUUGUUCUUGAAAUAUACAAGGAAGCAGGACUAUUUGAUGCACUUGCAAGCUCCAUUCAAGUUACUGAGUUUACGAUAAAAGAUGCUUAUACACUCAAGUUCUUUGAAAAUAAUUCAAGCCGCUUGCCUAAGUGGUGCAAUGAUGCAGACACAGUGAAGCUUCCUUUCUGUCAAAUUCGAGGGAAGUACCGAAUGGAAUUACCUGGAUACAAUACUAUGGAUCCCUACCCAUAUAUGAAUGAAAAGUGUCCAUCUUUGCCCCCAAAAUACUCCAGGCCAAAGGAUUGCUGA